UAAUUAGUGAGAUUUUCAUUUUCAUCUAUUUCUUCUAAAUCCCUACCUUAAUAAACAAGAGAUAAAACUUUUUUAUAUUAAAAAUUUCAUUUUAAAAGUCUCAUGUUAACGUCUGUGAGUCCUAUUCCCAAGUUUUAUUCCAAACACGCCAAAGAUUAAGUUUAAGCAUGGGAAACUCAUUCUACAUAAGCAGGUGGCUAAUAGUAGUGCAGAUUGGGAAAGAUCCAGUUUCGAUUUUCAUCAAACGCACCUCCCAUACUGCAGUGUAAGCGAGAAAAAAUAGUUACUAAUAUAACAGACAUGGCGUCGAGCAGUAGCGGCGGGCCUGGUGGUCCUAAAAUUUUACUAGCAAAGCCUGGUCUCGUCUCCGGAGGUCCUUCUGCCGCCGGUAAAUUCAUCCGAGGUACCUCUGUUGAAGAAGAUACAUCAUCAGUUUCAAUUCGAUCUCGUCUUCCUCCUGUGGGAUCCCUUAAUCUCCUCUCAGAUUCUUGGGACUUUCACUUUGAUCGUUUUCUUCCUUUUCUAACAGAUAACACUGAAUUUACUGUGGUUGGAGUAAUUGGGUCUCCUGGAGUUGGCAAAUCUUCUUUAAUGAAUGAGAUUUAUGGGUUUGAUCCUACUUCUCCUGGAAUGCUACCUCCUUUUGCAAUCCAGUCUGAAGAAACUCGAGCAAAUGCCAGGCAUUGUACUAUUGGUAUUGAACCUCGAAUUUCUGCAGAGCGUUUAAUACUAGUUGACACCCAGCCUAUGUUUAGUCCAUCAGUGUUGGCUGAAAUGACAAGACCUGAUGGUUUGUCUACAGUCCCUGUUUUAGGUGGUGAAACUUUGUCAUCUGAGUUGGCUUAUGAGCUUUUAAGUAUUCAGUUUGGUGUCCUCCUUGCAUCUGUUUGUCAUGUUUUGCUGGUGGUAUCGGAAGGAGUUCAUGAAGCUAACAUGUGGCGCUUAAUGUCAACGGUGGACUUAUUGAAACAUGGCUUACCUGAUCCUUCCUCAGUAACUUCACACCUGCAAAGCUCAAGCUUGGGCUCGGAUAAGAAUAACAAGGACAAACUUCAAGAAGGUGGAGAAGAAUACAUAGCAACACCUGUUUUCAUACAUACCAAGUUGCGAAAUGAUGAUCUCUCACCUCAUAAUUGUGAGCAAAUGAAGAAGGUUCUUGCGCAAUAUUUUCAUUCAUCUUCGUUCACGAGACCAGUCAAGAAUGAUCAUGUUUCUUUUCCAAAGUCUUGUGAUGCUGAGGAUACCAGUGUGGACUCAAAACUCCUUGAUUUAUUUAUGGUGCCUAGAAAAAAAGAUAACUCUCUCGAAUUUUGCUACGAAAGCUAUGAUUCAAUGAUGUGGAGAAUUAGGGAUCACAUUUUGUCUAUGGCUCGACCCUCGUUCUCAAGAACUGUGUCUGAACGAGAUUGGCUGAAAAACACUGCCAAGAUAUGGGAAUUGGUAAAGAAUUCUUCUAUUAUUGCAGAGUACUGCAGAACUCUUCAAAGUUCAGGUUUAUUCAGGAGAUAACUCUUUGAAGAUCAUCCUGUUUCUAUAAUUAUCAGCUUUUAACGGUCUUGUUCGUGGAGUUAUUAACUUGUAACCAUAUGGAAACUCUUUGUUACUUUCUGGUUUAAUUUUAGUUAUGACUCCAUUUGAUUGACACGAGACAGGCCAAUAUAGUAUGCUUUUUAAUUAGACAUGUCAAUUUUUUAUCCAAUUUGAAAUUGAGCCAAAAUAUGAUUUGAAAUUGGUGAGUCAUAAAUCGGACAUUUUGAUCCAUAGCCUGAAAAACGAUUCAACCAAAAAAAAUA